ACUUCAAGUUUCAACUUAUGUUAGCGUUGAAUAUUUUAACGGGAUCUGCUACCAAAGCAUUUUCGAGUUAGUUCUCAGAGUUGGCUUACAAUCGUUCGUUUUGAAAAAGAACACGUUUGUUGAGAGCACAACUGAGAAAUUUGUCGAAAACGAAUUAGAAUGGAGGGUAAAUGAAGAGGUUUUACAAGGUGGCAUUGUGUUUUAUUGGAUGAAAGUUCAGGCAACCGUCAACAAACCUGGUAAUUAUUUAUCCG